AUGCCCGUUGAGAACCCCAUUGCUGCCGAAAGUGGACAUCUGUUGACCGUUCUUGAUUGUGUUGAUUGCACCUAUGCACACCAAUCGAUCGAGAUUUACCUCAUGGUCCGUCGGAAGUUGGUCAGAAUCGGCCCCCGUUCUCUUUCUCGUGAAGCUCCCGAUUACCCCUCAAACGGUAGAGCUCACCGUUCAUUCAAGCACGCCGCGAACGCCCCUUCCAUUCCUUCGUCGCCGUGA